AUGGCCGAUGAGAUACAGGAAGAGAAAGCCUUUGGUACUUUCGAAGCGUUCACCCAGUUGAAGGAUCUUCAGGAUAAAGUGUUAAAUGUACGCUAUAACAAUGACGAGAAGUUAUCUGAAGAGGAACACACCGAGAGGUCCGUUACCUUCCAGAAGUUCACGACUACGCUUGAUGAAUAUCAAGAGCAAUCUUACUUGCUUGAUCCAUAUCUUGAACAACUCGUCGCGCCUGUGGUCGAGACACUGAAGGAGUAUGUCAAGAUUUCCAUUUCAAACAAAUCAGACAGAAGCGACAUCUGGCACGCCCAUCGUACUGCAAACGUGCUAUAUUGCUACGUCAAGUUCCGAGGGUACAAAACCAUCGUAAGGUUCUUCCCUCAUGAGAUUGCGGAUUUAUCUAUUGCUUUGGAGUUUAUGUUGAUCCCAAAUGGGCUCGUCACGUCUCAUUGGCAUUGGCCUGUGCGAUAUGUGAUGCUUUUAUGGCUCUAUAUCAUCUGUCUAAUCCCGUUUGACCUCGCGCAAUUUGAUGAAGUCGACCAAAUUGGACAUACAGCCAAAACCCUGGAAUCCGUAGCAAAGACUUAUCUAGGAGCUGCUGGUCUUGAGAAAGAAGCCGCUGCUUUGUUGCUAUCUAGGUUGUAUAUCAGAAAGGACACUGGGGAAGGGUUUCAUCAUUUUGUAGAAGAAGCUCGGUCGUUUUUACAGACGACUACAAACGACUUGUUCAAAGCAAUAGGACUCCUGAAGGUCCUUUGCGAGGUCGUCAAGUCAGGUUCCGCAGAACAGGUCCAGGACGAGCUUACUACACUCCGCGCCAUCGCCACCAUCAUCCAAGAGACUACAACCUAUGCGAAUAAUACUAUCAUUCGUAAAUUAAGGACAAAGUUGAUAUCGAGAGUAGGCUUAAGGCUACUUCCAACUAGUUCAGGAAUCAGCAAGCGACAAGCUCGUACACUUAUCGCUGAAGAGGUACAUAAUGGCCAUGGUGGAGGAGAGGAUGAAAUAGAAGUUCCGGAAGAAAUAGAGGACAUAUUAGAGCAAACGUUCGCAGCACUGCAAGAUAGGGAUACCGUCGUGCGCUGGUCGGCUGCUAAAGGAGUGGCUAGAAUUGCCCAACGACUUCCAAGAGACUUUGCUGGGCAGGUGCUAGAGACUAUCAUGGGACUUUUUGAGAUCCAUUCGGUAGCUGCUGCCAGCUUAUAUGACCUCCCUGCGAUAGCAGAGGGCACGUGGCACGGUGCGUGUCUGGCGUGCGCUGAGUUGGCACGACGGAGUCUCAUCGAGCCUGGCCAUCUGCCUCAAUUAAUUGCUUGGCUAUCAAAGGCCCUCUAUUUUGAUCUCCGUAAAGGUGCACAUUCUAUCGGCUCGAACGUCCGAGAUGCUGCGGCUUAUGUUUUGUGGGCGCUUGCGAGAACACAAGAUCAGACAGCGUUGGUUCCUCAUGCGACAAACCUGGCUCAGCGUCUUACUGCAGUUGCCCUUUAUGAUCGAGAGAUUCAUAUUCGCCGUGCUGCCAGUGCAGCGUUCCAAGAGCAUGUAGGAAGGACUGGCCUGUUCCCUCAUGGUAUCGAUGUAUUGGGCAAAACAGAUUUCUAUGCAGUUAGUAUAAGGAAACAAGCAUUUUUAGUCGCCGCACCUCAGGUUGCCGAGCACGUCGAGUACCGGGAUUUCCUCCUUGAUCACCUGUUGGAUGUCGUGCUUCGCCACUGGGACCUUUCAAUGAGGGAACUUGGAUCACAGUCAUUACGUCUUAUCAUAUCACUCGAUUUGCACGUGCUAGCGCCUCGGGCCAUAGAGAAAUCUGUGAAGCUCUUGGAGUCAUUAGAUACAGCUGAUGUGCAUGGAGGCCUCACUGUUCUCAGCGAAAUUGCCAUUGCAUACAAACAAUCGAAGUCCGAUCCUUCAGCAUUAGAAGAACAUUUACGAAGUAUCUUUCAACACUUGAAACAUGUGGAUCUAAAGACCUUAACUACGACCCGCAAUGAGCUUGUUGCUUCUGCAGCAUGUCGUCUGAUUGCUAACUCUAUCACAAUCACUGAGAUCAACCUCGGGCCACAAUCUUCCGUCCCCGGAUGGAAGAAAAUAGUAGACAACGGCUUGAAGCAUCGCAUCACCCUCGUCCAAGAGGCUGCUGCUCUUGCGAUGCAGGAAAUAAGCAACCUCACUGAUUGCUCUGCUGAUAUCACUAGAUGA